CCGUCCAACCACGAUGUCUAGAUUCACGAUCUCUCCGCUGUGGCAACCGUCCACCCACUGUCUCUAUCCACGGUCUCUAGAGUCUACUGCAAUCUCUCCACCAAUUUCCUCUCUAUGCAAAUCAGAAUUUCUUCCGAUCCUCAUCGUGGUUCCGGCAAUCAAUUUUGUUCUCACCUGUGCAAAUCAGAAUUUCUUUUGAUCUUCAUCGUGGCUAGAUUCCGGCAAUCAAUUCAGUUCUCUCCGCCAAUUCACGCGCACUCUCUGCCGCACAACGCACAACAAAUUUUUUUCUUCUGAUCCUCAUCAUAGCUAGAUUCUGGCAUUCAUGAAUAAGGGACCAUCGACGCAGAGUUGCAGUUUACCGAAGACGCAGGCUUCUGCUAGAUGCCUUUGGUGGGGAACAAAUAUAUUGAUUCCAAUUAAUGGAGGUGUAUACUCAGGAGCUUUGUUAUAUUGGGUGCCAUAUUUCCACUAAAGGUUUUGUAUUUGAACAAUGGUUAAUGGCAAUGGAACAAUGGUAUGAACACUGGCUUAUGGUGGAGGCAAACUUGGAAAUAAGCUCUCUAGCGAAGACAACACUUGCUGUCCUCAAUCUUCCAGAAUCAAAGCCGACAACAUGCCGCUCCCUUAAGAAUUGUUACCUACCUCGAAAUUACUUGGAGCUUCUAUGGUCUAGCCAACUCACACAUUUUAGAAACUAGAGGUUGAUUUGCUGUGUAUGGAUAGAGUAUAUGCUUACUCCCUCUCUUCCGAGCAAAAUGUUUUGUUAUGAAUUUGUGGAAUAUAAACAAUGCAUAACUAUGGGGCCACAAUUUUAAUGUUGUGUAUGAAGAAUUUUUUUUCAAAAUUUAUAAUUUUUUCUUAUUUUAUUUGUAACAAGCACUGGAAUUAGAUAAAAAAAAUACAUCAAGCAUUAGUAUUAUCCCAAUCAAUACUAACUUUGUAU